AUGGUUUUUGCAGCAGAAUCUCGGAUCAAAGAGGGAAAGGAGGACACUAAUGUAGGACCUCCUAAUAGUCCCCGUCAUCCAGAGGUUCUUGCUCGAUGGGAUCCAGCUAAAGCGCGGAGGCCAGACAUUGCUGAAGCUCCAGUAUUCUACCCUUCAUUAGAGGAGUUUGAAGAUACAGUUGCUUACAUAGAAAAAAUACGUCCCUCAGCUGAACCAUAUGGUAUUUGCCGUAUCGUACCACCCUUGGCUCCUCCUUUUCGGCUUAGAGAGAAAAGUAUAUGGGAGGGUAUAAAGUUCCACACCCGGGUUCAGAACGUGGAGCUGCUUCAGAACAGAGGGCCUGUGAAGCAGAAGCAGAAGAAGAAACCUAAGGUAAGAAAACGGAAACGAAGUUCCUCCUCCAAGAGACGUCCUAGCUCCGUUCCCGAUUCGGUUUCGUCUCCCGAGGAAGAAGAGGUAUUUGGUUUCAACUCUGGCCCAGACUUCACUCUUGAGGAGUUUGAGAAGUACGCUCGGUGUUUCAAGGAAUCCUAUUUCGAAAGUAAAGAAGGUAACGCUCCGUCGGUUGAAGAGACUGAAGGAGAGUACUGGAGGAUUGUAGAGCAAGCAACCGAUGACGUCGAGGUAUAUUAUGGAGCUGACUUAGAGAACAAGGUUCUUGGAAGUGGAUUCGAGAGAGGAGAAACUUCUGGUUGGAACCUUAACAACUUGCCUCGUCUCUCGGGCUCUUUACUGUCAUUCGAGCGUGGAGAUAUCUCGGGCGUUCUCGUGCCAUGGGUCUAUGUUGGGAUGUGUUUUUCAACCUUUUGCUGGCAUGUGGAGGACCAUCACUUAUACUCAAUAAACUAUAAUCACUUUGGUGAGCCAAAAGUGUGGUACGGAGUUCCUGGAACCCAUGCAACGUCACUAGAGAAGGCCAUGAGGAAACAUUUACCAGAUCUUUUCGAGGAAACACCUGAUCUACUCCAUGGACUCGUCACUCAGUUCUCACCUUCGAUUUUGAAAGACGAGGGAGUCCCGGUUUUUCGUGCGGUUCAGCGUGCAGGGGAGUAUGUUCUCACAUUCCCUAGGGCGUAUCACGCCGGUUUCAACUCCGGUUUCAACUGUGCAGAAGCUGUGAACGUCGCUACGGUUGACUGGUUAUCUCAUGGACAAAAUGCUGUGGAGUUAUUAAGUGAAGAGAAUAAGAAAACGUCCGUGUCUCAUGACAAGCUUCUCCUUGGAGCAGCUUACGAAGCUGUUAGGUCCUUGUCAGGUGGUGGGGGAGAGAGUGGAAAGAGCUUAGCAUGGAGAAGCUUCUGCGGGAAGAACCUGACUCUUACUAAGGCAGUGGAGACUCGGUUACGUAUGGAAGAAGGAAGGAUUAAGGCUCUUGGAAGCGGUUUCAAUUUGAUAAAGAUGGAGAAGGACUUUGAUUCGAACUGCGAGAGGGAAUGCGUUAAGUGCUGUUAUGACUUGCAUCUCACGGCAUCUGGCUGCAACAAAUGCUCUCCUGGAGAGUAUGCUUGCACUAAGCACGCUAACGAGCUUUGUUCAUGCGAAGGGAAUGAUCGGUUUGUACUUCUUCGUUACACCGUAGAUGAGUUGAGAUCGUUGGUUAGAGCGUUGGAAGGCGAAGCAGAGGAUCUAAAAACUUGGGCUUCAAAGGUUAAAGAAGGCUAUGGAGGCUCUUGAUCUGGACCAUGGUCUAGUCGAGUACUGGAACCAUAAUUAGAAACUGAGAGGUUCGUUGGAAG